UACCUGUUUUGGGUUUUUUUUUGUAUCCAGAUGAACAUUGUUUGCAAAUCUGUGAAUAAUGGGAGAGUUGAGUGUUGUGGUUUUGCAUUGUGCUUUUGUGGGUUCUCUCCAUUUCAGAGACUUCCUCAUGAGGGAGGGAGGGAGGAAGGAUUACUUCAGUCUUUGGCGAGCAAUUUCAGUUUUUAUUAAGUAGGUACCUGGUCCUGGCAGAGCUCAUCUUCCGUCUGCACAGGGAUAAGCGAUGUGAACUAUAUUGGACAGGCUGUUGGCACGUGUGUGUUUUGUGACCCCGUGCACGUUUUCUAUCCCCCUCUUCUCCCCCCAGCUGAAUUAAACUGGGAUUUUAGGCUUGUAGCUAGGCAGAGCCUCAACUGGGUGCACUUAAUAAGGUAUGCGCCUGCCAGUCAAAGGGGAUAGUAAACACGGGCUGGCAGCUGGUGCCUCAGCACCCUCCCUUGCUUCUUCUCGUCCCUUCUGCGCUUGUGCCAGCAGGACGUGGCACCCGGCACGACCACCCAGCCUCCCAGAGGAGAGGCUGGCUCUGCCGUCCUGAGUGCGAGCAGGUCUCUGCACAAGCUGCUGAGCGAGUCACGAGGUAGUGUGCUUAUGUUCUGGAGAGGCUGGUGCAGGUGAGCCGUGUUGGAAGCAGCUGAGUUGCCAGGGUAUAGAGAGGCAUGUUAGAUGUGCUGAAAUAGCUCUGCCAGAGCAGACAGUUGGCCUGCCGGGUUUCAGCAGCGGUACUUGGCAGCAAGGUGAGUAUAAUGUACGUGCCUGUGUGCGGGUAGUAGCUACACCCUUACUUCUGUAGAGGAGCAGGGAGAAUCCUCCCUACCAGCAUUUCUCUGUUUUGAGGGCCAGUAGAUUGGGGUGACUCUCCUAGAGAGCAUCAUUGCUUUGUUAGCAUUUGUGCAAACUGCUCAUUCUGCUUUUGUUAAUGAAAAAGCAUGGCUGUUCAUCUCAACAGGUGGAGGGUUGUUGUGUUCUCUCAUCUUCAUCCAUUCUUUUCUCUCUUUCCCUAGGUCUGUUUGGAGCCAAAUCUUGUCUAUGCGUGUGUCAUUUUGUCUCUUUUAAUACACUGCCCUGACUUGCUUGCUGCGAAGGGAGUAUGCAUCUGGAGAUCAAAGUUGCUCUUAACUUCAUUAUCUCAUACCUGUACAACAAGCUUCCUCGGAGGCGGGCAGACCUGUUCGGUGAGGAGCUAGAGCGCCUGCUGAAGAAGAAAUAUGAGGGUCACUGGUACCCGGAGAAGCCUCUGAAGGGAUCUGGCUAUCGCUGUGUUCAUAUAGGGGAGACGGUGGAUCCGGUGGUGGAGCUGGCAGCCAAGCGGAGCGGGCUGGCCGUGGAGGAUGUGCGUGCCAAUGUGCCAGAAGAGCUGAGUGUCUGGAUUGAUCCUUUUGAGGUUUCCUACCAGAUCGGCGAGAAGGGCUCUGUUAAGGUCCUCUACCUGGAUGACAGCGAGGGCUGCAGUGCCGCGGAGCUGGACAAAGAAAUCAAGAGCAGCUUCAACCCCGACGCCCAGGUAUUUGUCCCCAUCGGCAGCCAGGACAACUCGCUGUCCAACUCUCCGUCCCCCUCCUUCGGCCAGUCGCCUAGCCCCACCUUCAUCCCUCGCUCUGCCCAGCCCAUCACUUUCACCACUGCCACUUUUGCUGCCACAAAGUUUGGCUCUACCAAGAUGAAGAAGGGCGGAGGAGCCGGAGGAGGGGGCGGUGGAGCAGGGGCUGGGCAGCAGCCGAGGAUGGUCAGGUCUCCCACCACCAACCUGCUGAAGCACAAGGGCCUCUCCCUGUCUAUGCACUCUCUGAACUUCGUCGGGAGCGCUGGGAGCCAAGCCCCGCAGUCACAGCUCUCCCCCAACGCCAAGGAGUUCGUUUACAGCGGCGGGUCGCCGGGAGCCAGCAGUCUCUUCUUCGAUGGCGUUGCCAGUGAGAACCAGGCCAGCAGCAUCCCACCGACAUCGCAGUUCAACACCGGCACGGGUGGUACCUUUGAUAUGGCUCAGGUCUUCGGUGGCAGCACCAACAGCCUCUUUUUGGAGAAGUCUCCCUUCGUGGAAGGACUCAGCUACAACCUGAAUGCCAUGCAGUAUCCCAGCCAGUCGUUCCAGCCUGUCGUCCUGGCCAACUGAACACAAGGGAGGAGAGUAUUUUGGGGCGGGGAGGGAGGGGGGGGAAACAAGAACAAAACAAACAACAAAGAGGGAGAGAAAAGAAAAAUAGAAAUAUACAGAAAAUACUCAAAUCUUAUAAAUAUAGCUUCUUGGGAAAAGAGAGAGCCCAGUGUUGUUGCGCUGUGCUGGCAACGCUCCUGAAGCACUGACUUGUUUUUUAACUCAGUCCCUGUGCUUUUUUCCUACUCACUUUUUUACUCCUUAAAUGAGUCUUGGGAUUUUUUCGGUUUGUGUUUCCCCUUCCCCCACCCCAGCCCAGGACUGGUGCAAACAUAGGUCACGAUGCUCCUGAUUCCCUGCACACACCCCCCCAGCGCUGGACACAGGGUCCUUCCACCUGGGGUGUAGGGACGUUGUCUUUGUACCACCUCGCUGGAGGAGGGACAGGGAGAGGAUGAGUCAGUGUCGGUGGAGAUACACACACUCUUGUUGCCUGCUAGCCAGAAAUGGGUGGAUGGGCUUGCUUUUCUGUUACAGCUCUGCGUGUAGACGGAGAGCAUCUACUGUGCCCACGGGCGUAGGCCGUUGUGCUGCUGUUGCUCCAGGCUCUCCAGCCCGGGCUGGCGUCAGCUGUUCUGUCUGUGUGCUGAAAAGCACUAACUCUUCUCCUUGACCGCCUCCCAGCACGUAGCAGGGAGGGCAGAGCUUUACUGUGAAAUGGCUUCUUCCUGCUCCCUUCCUCAUCUGCACUUCCAGCCACGGCUGCAGGAGAACAGCGCUGUGAACUGAGUGACUCUGGUUAUCGUCCCCCUCUGCACGUGAGCGAGGGGGCCUUUCCAUGCCCUCCCCAGGGCCGGCCGGUCGGUCCGGGUGACAGCCCCAUGGUGUAGAAACACCACCCGCCUGUCCCUGAGGCUGGGGGAGGUGGUGCUGAGCCAGGCGGCCCCACUUGGAUCCUGCCCCCUCUUCCCGGAUGUUCUCCUUGGCGACAGGGGCCAGCAUCCACCUGCGGUCAUCUGGGGCGGCUUCCUGGGUCUGAGUUCUCAUUCCCUGCUGUGAAUUCAUCUUCUUGUCUCUGAGAGAGAAUUCCUUCUUUUUUAGUUAGAGAGGCAGCACUACUUCUGAGGAAGAGAAAGGGCUAUGUUGUUGAAGCUGCUCUCUUGAGUGGUAGUGUAAGGGUUUGCGCUUUCAGCCAGGUAUACACCUGACUAAAUCCCCUCCCCUGCCCUUCUGGAGGAGCGGGACGAGGUGGCUGAUCUGGUGUAGAAGGGAAGCACCUAGUGUAAACUGAUUGUUCCAGCCAGAUCACGUCAGCGCGGAUGGUGGCAGGCUUAGAGCAGAGCGUGGAUGGGCGCUCUGAAGGCAAGUGGCUGUCCCAGCAUGUGAAUGUACGGUGCCUCCCUGCCGCCGGACGGCAUCUGGGAACGCCCCUGCGGCUUUCCCUGGGACGAUGUGCUGCAGUCGGGCUGUAGUGGCUUUUCAGCUAGGUCGCUUCUGUCAGGGACUCCAAAACCCACCUUGACAGGAAGCCGAAGGAGGGCUGCUUCUUGCCCAGGCAGGGCGGAGGCUCUCUAGGUGGGAAGAAGAUCUCCUUGGAGGCUGUUGUGGGAGUAUGGAAGCGUGCAAAGAGGAGAGAGAUGGAGAUGAUGAGACUCCAGUCUUUGAAGUUCUCA